AUGAGUUGUCAGAUCUCCUGCAGCUCUCAAAGAGGAGGAGGAGGAAAAGGAGGAGGAGGAGGAUUCCGGGGCUUCAGCAGUGGCUCAGCCAUAGUCUCCGGAGGGAGCCGGAGAUCGACUUCCAGCUUCUCCUGCUUGAGCCGCCAUGGAGGUGGCAGGGGAGGCUGUGGUGCCCGCGGCUUUGGCAGUCAGAGUGUUAUUAGCCUUGGAGGGAGCAAGAGCAUCUCCAGUAGUGUGGCCAGAGGAGGUGGCAGCUUUGGUUCCAGUGGUGGAUUUGGUGGCAGAGGAGGUGGCUUUGGAGGUGGCAGCAGCUUCGGAGGAGGCAGUGGCUUUGGAGGAGGCCGCUUUGGAGGUGGCGGUGGCCCUGGGGGUCCUGGUGGCUUUGGGCCUGGAGGAUUCCCUGGUGGAGGCAUCCAUGAAGUCUCAGUCAAUCAGAGCCUCCUGCAACCCCUUGAUGCAAAAGUAGACCCAGAAAUCCAGACUAUAAAGUCCCAGGAGCGGGAACAGAUCAAAUCUCUCAACAACAAAUUUGCCUCCUUCAUCGACAAGGUGCGCUUCCUGGAGCAGCAGAAUCAAGUAUUGCAGACCAAAUGGGAGCUGCUGCAGCAGAUAGAUGUGGGAUCCCGCACCAUCAACCUGGAGCCCAUCUUCCAGGCCUACAUCAACCAGCUCCAGAAAUGAGUGGAUGUGCUCUCUUCAGAAAGAACUGCACAGGAUUCAGAGCUGAACAACAUGCAGGAUCUUGUGGAGGAUUAUAAGAAAAAGUUUGAGGAUGAAAUCAACAAGCGCACAGCUGCUGAGAAUGAUUUUGUGACACUUAAAAAGGAUGUGGACAAUGGCUACAUAAACAAGGUGGAUCUGCAGGCCAAUGUAGAAGGACUGGCCCAGGAGACUGACUUCCUGAGAAGGGUCUACGAGGUGGAGCUGUCCCAGGUUCAACAGACUAUCACUGAAACCAGCGUUGUCUUGUCCAUGGACAACAACCGCAACCUGGACCUGCAAGGUAUCAUUGCUGAGGUUCAGUCCCAGUAUGAAGAUAUUGCCAAGAGGAGCAAGGCUGAGGCUGAGGGCCUGUACCACAGCAAGUAUGAGGAGCUGCAGAUCACAGCAGGGAAACAUGGAGACAGCUUGAGAGAGCUCAAGACAGAGAUCAGUGAGCUGAACCGCAUGAUCCAGAGACUGCAAGGGGAGAUCUCACAUGUGAAGAAGCAGUGCAAACGUGUACAAGAUGCCAUUGCUGAGGCUGAGCAGCGUGGAGAGCAUGCCAUCAAAGAUGCCCAGCAAAAGCUCACAGACCUCGAGGAGGCCCUGCAGCAGGCUCGGGAGAAUCUGGCCCGGCUACUGCGUGACUACCAGGAGCUGAUGAGCACCAAGCUGUCCCUGGACAUUGAGAUUGCCACCUACCGAAAGCUGUUGGAGGGCGAGGAGUGCAGGAUGUCUGGAGAACUCAGUGACAAUGUGACUGUGUCUGUGACAAGCAGCACCAUCUCUUCAAAUGUGUCAUCCCAGACUGGCUUUGGAGGCCAAGGCUCUGGAGGCAGAGGGUGCAGUUAUAGAGGAGGAUAUAGCUCUGGAAAUAGCAGUUAUGGCUCUGGAGGCAGAAGAUCAGGCUCUAGAAGUGGUGGAGGAAGCUCUGGCUUUGGUGGUUUCAGAGGCCACUCUGGCUCUGGAGGAGGAUAUGGCUCUGGCAGUGGUUCUGGAGGAAAACCCAGCUCUGGAGGUGGCUACAGAGGAGGCUCUGGUUCUGGAGGUGGCUCUAGAGGAGGAUCCAGCUCUGGAGGAGGAUUCAGCUCUGGAGGAGGUUCUGGCUCUGGAGGAGGAUUCAGCUCUGGAGGAGGCUCCAGGGGAGGUUCCAGCUCUGGAGGAGGAUGCAGCUCUGGAGGAGGUUCCAGCUCUGGAGUAUUCAGCUCUGGAGGAGGCUCCAGGGGAGGCUUCAGCUCUGGAGGAGGAUUCAGCUCUGGAGGUGGUUCCAGAGGAGGCUCUGGCUCUGGAGGGGGAGUUUCUAGCUCUGAACGGGGUGGUUCUGCCUCAGGUGAAGGCUGCGGUUCUGGCGUGAUGUUCUCUUUUAGAUAAAGAUGUGGUCCUCUUCUUUCUCUUCCACUCCAGAAUGGAGAAGCUGUUUCUGUACCUCUAACUGACAGCAUGACAAAUUUGUCAUCUACCUGGCAUUUGGGGGGAAAAGAGAUGCU